AUGAAGCGGAGACGGAGCAAGCCCCUGUCAGGCGACAAGGAUUUCCUCGCCGUCCCCGCGAUCCACUUCUUCGGUUUCCCGGGCUUCCGCACCCCGAGCCCACCGCGACUGCCCCCGCGGCUCUUCGAGAACGCCAACCGCGGCGCGCCGAGGGGCCAGCCGGCCGGGCCGCGCGGCGAGCACCGAGGCGGAGGCGGCGCCGGGCCGUGCCUGUGCGACUGCAUGCCGAGGGGCGACCCGCAGGCCGCUGACGUGCAGGUGUGCCAGCAGGAGCACCCCUCCGAGGAGGUCACCAUCCGGGCCUCCCCGGCCCGCGGCGACGCAGCCGCCGGCGCUGGGGCGGAGCCCGCGGGCGGCGGCGGCGGCGGCCUCGCGGGAGGCGCGCCCCGGGGGCACGGGCUCCGGGCCGCUGCCCCCCUGGCCGCCAAGCGGGGCAGGGGUGACGGCAGCGGGGCUGCCCUGGGCGGCCCGGAGCAGGGCCCGGCCUCCCACAUGGGCCUGUAG